UAAUGAAACCUUAUUGUAAAGUUUUACCAUGUUUUCUUCUAAUUUCGAGGUGAUGUAUUACCCGGAUGUUUAUUCCUUUGCCCCCCAGGUAAAUAUAUGCAAAUCUGGAUAUCUUAAAUGUAGGUGUGUGUAUCCAUAAGCCAGUGAGGUGAGAGCAUUUCUAUUCCUGAAGGAAAAGUUUUUUCCUAUUUCCACAGAACAGGCAGCGAGCCAGAGACCACACACCGGAGAGCAGAUGGACGGGUCGGUCGGGCCGAUGCGAGUGUUGGUGACGGGUGGCAGUGGGCUGGUGGGGCGAGCGAUAGAGCGGGUGGUGAAAGAGGGUGGAGGGAGAGAAGGAGAAAAAUGGAUAUUCCUGUCAUCCAAAGAGGCCAACCUUGUGAGCGCUCAAGAGACGAGAGCAGCCUUCGAGAAACAUCGUCCGACGCACGUCAUUCAUUUGGCCGCCAUGGUGGGCGGACUCUAUAGAAACAUGAGACAGAACCUGGAUUUCUGGAGGAAUAAUGUGCACAUCAAUGACAAUGUGCUGAACAUGUCUCAUGAGUUCGGCGUGGUGAAGGUCGUUUCCUGUCUGUCUACGUGUGUUUUUCCAGAUAAAACCACCUACCCUAUAGAUGAGACCAUGAUGCACAACGGUGCCCCCCAUGACUCUAAUUACGGUUAUGCCUACGCCAAACGCAUGAUUGACGUCCACAACAGGGCGUUAUUUCAGCAGUACGGUCGGAAAUACACAGCCGUCAUCCCCACCAACAUGUUUGGAGCCCAUGACAAUUACAACAUUGAGGACGGUCAUGUGAUGCCGGGGUUGAUCCACAAGACGUACCUGGCAAAGAAGGAAGGUAAACCUCUGCAGGUCUGGGGUUCGGGUCGCGCUCUGCGGCAGUUCAUCUAUUCUCUGGAUCUGGCUCGUCUGUUUCUGUGGGUUCUGAGGGAGUACGACGAGGUGGAGCCCAUCAUUCUGUCAGUCGGGGAGGAGGAUGAGUUGACUGUAAAGGAUGCUGUGGACGCUGUGGUUGAAGCGUUCGGGUUCGAAGGGGAAGUGAUUGUAUCCUUUCACACCAACAGUGUCUGGAGUUUUUUUUUUUUUUUACAGCUGACAGAAUAGCAGUCUUUCUUCUGU